AUGAGUACGACGCCCCUGAGUUGCCGAUUUGGCACGACUCCGUGUAAAGACGGCUCGGAGUGCUUGCUUUUUAGCCACGUGUGCGACGGUGAGCGAGACUGCCCCGACGGUUCUGACGAGGAGAACUGCGAGUCCGUGUGCAGCACGGGUGAGUUCCAGUGUGCACAUGGUAGGAAGUGUAUCGAGCGGAGGCAGGUGUGUGACGGCGAGGCUCAGUGUCAGGACCGCUCGGACGAGGUGAACUGCUUCAACCCAGACGGGGGUUGUGCGCACCGCUGUGACCGGAACAAGUGCCUGCCGGAGUCCUUUGUCUGUGACGGGCAGACAGACUGUGAAGACGGCAGCGACGAGGCCCAGUGUGAUUCAGAUGCUGAAGAUGCUAAAGAUGCUGGUGGUGUGGAGGAGGUGCAGGAAAAGCCUCAGGAGGGCCCUGCAGCCGAGGGGUUGCCACGGCGAUGCCUGCUGGGCUCCAUGCUGUGUAGGGACGGCAGCGACUGCAUCCUCUACAGCCAUGUGUGUGACGGGGAGGAGGACUGCAGCGACGGCUCAGACGAGGACCAGUGCGUCUCGGCGUGUGGGGACGAUGAGUUCCAGUGUGCACAUGGUAGGAAGUGUAUCGAGCAGAGGCAGGUGUGCGACGGCGAGGCUCAGUGUCAGGACCGCUCGGACGAGGUGAACUGCUUCAACCCAGACGGGGGUUGUGCGCACCGCUGUGACCGGAACAAGUGCCUGCCGGAGUCCUUUGUCUGUGACGGGCAGACAGACUGUGAAGACGGCAGCGACGAGGCCCAGUGUGAUGCUGAAGAUGGUGUGGAGGAGGUGCAGGAAAAGCCUCAGGAGGGCCCUGCAGCCGAGGGGUUGCCACGGCGAUGCCCGCUGGGCUCCAUGCUGUGUAGGGACGGCAGCGACUGCAUCCUCUACAGCCAUGUGUGUGACGGGGAGGAGGACUGCAGCGACGGCUCAGACGAGGACCAGUGCGUCUCGGCGUGUGGGGACGAUGAGUUCCAGUGUGCACAUGGUAGGAAGUGUAUCGAGCAGAGGCAGGUGUGCGACGGCGUGGCUCAGUGUCAGGACCGCUCAGACGAGGUGAACUGCUUCAACCCAGAUGGGGGUUGUGCGCACCGCUGUGACCGGAACAAGUGCCUGCCGGAGUCCUUCGUCUGUGACGGGCAGACAGACUGUGAAGACGGCAGCGACGAGGCCCAGUGUGGUGGAGGAGUCUGCAGUGUGCAGGAGUUCCAGUGCAGCAGUGGACAGUGUGUGCUCUCCAGCGCGGUGUGUGACGGCCACUGGGACUGCAGGGAUGGCUCGGACGAGGUCGACUGUGCCAACCGCACAGAGUGCAGCCAGGCCCAGCUCCGCUGCCCAAACAGCCACCAGUGUCUGCUGCAGGGCUGGAUCUGCGACGGAGAGGAUGACUGCAGCGAUGCUGCGGACGAGCAGAACUGUGAGGAGUCUCUGCAGUGUGGUGCGUUCCAGUGGCAGUGUGCCUCUCAGACGCAGUGUGUUCCUCAGAGCUGGCGCUGUGAUGGCACCAAAGACUGCAGAGAUGAGGGUGAUGAAGCUGGAUGUGAGCCUGUGUCUUGUGCCCCUCACCUGUUCCAGUGUGGGAGCUCCGAGUGUCUGAACCCAUCUCUCCUUUGUAAUGGACUCCCAGACUGUCAGGAUGGAUCUGAUGAGGGCAGAAUGUGCUCAGACACGUGCUCUGACCAGUCACAGUGUGCACAGGAUUGCUACAGCACACCUACGGGAAAACUUUGCUGGUGCAGGGUAGGCUACCGGCCUGUAGAUGGCGGUGUGCAGUGUGUAGACAUGGACGAGUGUGCGGAGACUCCGGCAGUGUGCGACCACGCCUGCGUGAACACGGACGGCUCCUUCCAGUGCUCCUGUAACCACGGUUACAUUCUGGAGCCUGAUGGAAGCAGCUGCAAGUUUAUAGGUGAGUCGUACCUUCUGGCAUCCGUGCAGGCGGAGCUGCUCCUCCUAGGCCUGCACUCCUCCAACCGGACUGUGCUGCUCAGCGCCCAACAGCGGCCUGUCCUCUCCCUCGACGUGGACUGGCGUGAGCAGAGGGUGUACUGGGUGGGUGUGGGUGGAGACGCAGUUGAAUGGGUCACUCUGGACCGCAAGCUCGCCGGCACUCUGGUACGAGGUGUGAGGGCGGAGUGCGUGGCAGUGGAUUGGGUGGGGAGGUGCCUGUACUGGACAGACGGAGAGGCUAGGCAGAUAAAUGCUGUGGGGCUGGAGGGCCAGGGGGCAGACCCUGUGGUCAUCAUAGACGAGGACAUGGAACAGCCAUGUGCACUGGCUCUCCUGCCAGAAACUGGGUUGAUGUUCUGGUCGGAAACGGGGGCGGAGGCUCGGCUGCAGCGCGCGGGGAUGGACGGUUCGGCACGGCGGGUGCUGCUGCGUGGGCCGCUGCGCUGGCCCGCCAGCCUCGCCGUGGACGCAUCCCACGGCCGACUCUACUGGAGCGAUGCCGGGCUGGCUUGCAUCGGCUCGGUCACACUGGAGGGAGAUGACAUGAAGCUCUUCCAGCUGACGGAGAGUCCCAGUCCAUUCUCGGUGGCGGUGUUCGAAAGUGCCCUCUACUGGUCGGACACGCGCAGGGGGACAGUUCAGAUGGCCCAGAAGAGCUCGGGCAAGCAGAGACGGGUCCUGCUCAAACAGCCAGGCCAGGCGCUCGGCAUCAAGGGAAGUCCAGUGGUUCGUGCAUUGUCGCAGUCGAGUGUGGAGAACCCGUGCGUGUUGACGCGCUGCUCUCACCAGUGUGUGUUGGCACCUGGGCUCAGAGGCGUGUGCAAGUGCCCGUCUCUGCUGGAGCUGGAUCAGGACGGACUCGCCUGCUCCAAACCUGAUGACUCCGCCUUCCUCCUGCUCCUGACCCCCACAGCAAUAUCACAGGUGUAUAUGCACAGGCGGCACACGGCUGCGGGUGUGCGAGGCUGGCCGGAGGAGCGCGCACUCUCCCUCCCUGGGGUGAAGCGUCCCGCGGCGUUGGCUGUGUGGGACAGUGCGGCAUACGUGUGGGACGCGGGUCAGAUGGCUGUGCGCGUGUUCAGUCUGAGCCGCGCGAGCGGGACUGCCCACCGCUCUACGUUUGUGCUGCGUGGAGACACGCUGGUGGCGCUGGCUGUCGACUGGAUCACGGGCGCCCUGGUGUGGAGCGGCGCUGAGCGUCCGGGGCUGCUGGUGACGUCCGUCCGGGGCAAGCACACCGCCCUCCUGCUCCGCCACGCUGUGGGUGCGGUGGGGGCCAUCGCGCUGCAUCCACCCAGUGCCCGUCUCUGCUUCACCAACUCCCCCGUGCCUGGCACCAACACCACUGCCGCUCCCACGCCUGGCGUAAUCUUGGAGUGUGCCCACAUGGAUGGCCAGAACCGCACCGCUGUCUGGACUAAAGCUGUCCGGCCCAUCUCUCUGAGUCUGUCAAACAACGGAGACGUGCUUUACUGGGCUGAUGCCGGUCUUGGAGUAAUUGCCUCAGUUGGGAUUAAUGGAUAUAAAUAUAAAGCAAUAAAACUGGAGGAGUCUGUCGUGGCUUUUGCUCUGGCUGACCGCGUCCUGGUCUGGGUGACUAGACAAGAUUCCACUAAAUGCUGGUUCAGUGAUGACCACCAGAGAGCAAGACUGUGGUUUGAAGUGGAAACUGAAGUUGUAGAUAUGAAGGCCUUCAGUAAGACCAGUCAGAAAGGCACCAACGCCUGCUCUAACAGGAACGGUGGCUGCAGGCAUCUGUGCCUGGCGUUUCCGGGUGGCCGCACGUGCCGCUGUGCCCACGGUUACGUCCCCGUUAAUGAAACGGACUGCGUGUUGGACUCUCGCUGCCCGUCGGGCACGAGGGCGUGUCUUCGUGGUGAUGCUUGCGUGCCCCAAGAGUACUUCUGCAAUGGCCGUCCAGACUGCCCCGACAGCUCCGAUGAGAUCUGUUUCAAAGACGAAGCAAAAUCUGAUUCUCUGGAUGCCGUUUUGGUGAAGAGUUUGGGUGUCGACGGUGGCGUCCUCACCAGUUCUGUGCCACUCUCGCCCGUGGAGGUGGUCCCGGCAGACGCUGUCGAUGUUAAAGUGGGAGGCACAGAUUCGGAAGCAUGUGGUGCUCGGCUGUGUAACGGGAAUGGGAUGUGCGUGCGGCAGGACGAGAUGACGGUGUGCGAGUGCGUGGCAGGCUACAGCGGCGACCGCUGUCAGGAGCACGUGGGCGAGGCUAUGCAGGGUCCCGUUGUAUAUGCCGCAGCAGGACUGUGUGUCGCUGUGGUCGCAAUUGGAGUUGCUGUGGGGAUUAUACGGAGGAAAAAGGCAGCAAGCCAAAGGCAGGCAGAACCUAUCCUGAGGGAGCCCAGUAUGCGGGAUCUGGAGAAGAGGGAGGAGCCUACCACAGUGAACUACACCAAAGAAACGGUGCCCCCAGAUGAUGUCCUGUGGCGUAACAUUCACACAGAUGAAAGCGAUGAAUCCUCCGAGGAGAUUGCACUACCUGGAACCCUGAAGCCCAUUCUGCUGACCACGGCUGAGCCAAGCACACCAGACCUCCACGUCAAAAGUGGCACCACCUUCCUAUCUGGUGCUGAUGUAGCUACACCUCCACCCCCACCCUUGGACACUGCCAUCGUUCUAGUCAACACAUCCACCCCCCUCAUUCCUCCGGUCCCCAGCCAGGCUGGGACCACAGCAGAUCCACUUUUCACGAGCAGCCCUAUCAUUUCCACACCACAUGAGAGCCGAGGAGACAUAUAA